AAGAAGCGGGAAGCCGAAAAUUUGGGUGGAACUCUUCUCCGAAUAACGCGCGAAUGAAGAAGCGGGAGAAAUGGUUUAUAUAUCAAUCUUCUAUCACAUCAUUCUCAGAUUCUUGACUUGAUGUAUUGAAUGGUUACGAUUUUUUGAUUGCGUGACAGUGAAAACCGGCACCACAAUUGAUGAAAAAGAAACCACGGUGAUUAAACAAACUCAUAUUAAUAUGUGACUAGGUGACAUACUGUUGAUAUGUAAAACCAAAACAAAAGUGCCCCAAGUCUCCAUAUAAGAGGUUAUUAUCCUUGCUGCCUUGUAAAGAGCCGCCUUCUAUCCAAUGAUCAUAAAGAAAUAUUUCACUAGCUAUUACAUAGAGCAAUACGAAUACGAAAACUGCCCUAGCAUAGUAGGUAAUUCUGCCUGCAAUUUCGAGAAAGAACAAAAUCAAGUCAUGCAUAGUGCAGCUGCAUUGCAAAGAAUGUCAUUAGGCAAUGAGUAACCAGUGCCAUGACGGUCGUCAUAGUAGCAUUUGAAUACAUCGGCCGCUCCAUUGAUCAGAUUUAUAGAACUGAAGUGGUAUCGUUCUGAACACUGAAAACUUCGUCCGUGCGUUGCGAUGACCGCAUCUACACUCUUCAUGUGCUUACUUUACAUUCUGUCACUCUGCCUUUGCUGCCGAUUCUUAGUCGCUUCUGUGGUCGUCAAUACGACUUAUGGACCCGUCAACGGGUCAGUAAUAUCACUGUCGACGAACAAGACUGUUAUAACCUACCUCGGCAUACCGUUUGCCAAAGCGGAACGUUUUGAAUUUCCGGUUCCUCCGGAUAAGUGGACUUCAACACUGCAAGCAAACAAGACUGACAAGAUUUGCCCACAACCUAGUCUGCUCGGUGCGCCGAGUAAACUCUCGCUUAUGAGCGAGGAUUGCCUUCUGCUAAAUGUGUAUGUCCCAGGCAAUGCCACAAGCAACUCUCAGCUUGCAGUUAUGUUGUGGAUUCAUGGGGGCGCAUAUAUCAUUGAGGAUACUACAUCUUACGACGGUAGCGUGCUGGCAACCGAGGGGAACGUGAUUGUUGUCACGGCUGCUUAUCGUUUGGGAGUUUUGGGAUUCUUGAGCGCGAACAGCGACAAUCUGAAAGGAAACUACGGCAUGCUGGAUCAGGUAGAGGCCAUGAAGUGGGUGAGCAAAAACAUUGAAAGGUUUGGUGGGGAUCCUAAGAAAGUCACUAUAUUUGGUCAGUCAGCUGGUGGAUUUAGUGUUGGGCUGAUGCUGUUGUCGCCUUUGGCCAGCGGUUUGUACCAGAACGUUAUUUUGCAGAGUGGAGCGGCACCAGCUUUGCCCGCAUUUUUGGAAAAAGAUCAAGCCGAAUUACGAGCAAGGAGCUUUGCCAAAGCUGUCGGAUGUGAGAUGUCUUCACUGAAAGCCUGUGCGAAAGAAAAAUCCUUUCAAGACCUUCUAACUGCUCAGGUCAAAGUGUUUGAUGAUCUUAACUUUUUGAACUUUGCACCGGUUGUGGAUGGUUACUUUAUGCCAGACUCCCCGGUAAAACUCCUCGAGGCCGGCAAGUUCAACAAGAGCAAUAUCAUGAUUGGAUUCACAAGAGAUGAUGGAACAGUCCUUGCGUCUGGUGUUCCAGGUGUCUUACCAGUACUUGACCUGUCUAAAGGCAUCAUAAGGAAUCUGUUCGUAGAGGUGAUCAAAAAUCGAACGUGGGCUCGAAAUCAAAACUCUCAGAUCCUCGAGUUUGUGAUUUAUGAGUACACAGACUGGUCAAAUUCUACCGACCCUCAUCUUUUACGCCAGCAGUUCAUUGACCUAAACACAGAUGUAAACUUUAAAGCCCCCGCUAUUCAGUCGGCCAAUGCAUUUGUAAAGAAAGAAUCUCCAACAUACGUAUAUCAACUUGAAAUUGCAGCCAAAAGACCUUCAGCCACUUUUCCUCCAGUGCCCUCCUGGAUGGGAAUAUAUCAUGGAGCUGAUCUUCUUUACACGUUUGGUUUUCCCCUGAUAAUGCACGAGAACUUUACAACUGCCACGGAAAUCACUCUCAGCAGGGAUAUGAUGACCUUGUGGAGUAAUUUUGCGAAAACAGGAAAUCCCAACAAUCCAAAGCCCUUACGAACACAUUGGCCCCAGUACAGUGCUAAGCGAGGAGAAUACAUGGGACUAAGUCCAAAUAUGACAGUAAGGUACAAAAUGCGUCCAAAUAAGAUGGCUUUAUGGAAUGAGUUUCUACCAAGUAUUGAAGAAUCAGUAAAACCGACCACAUGGAGCGAACGUAGUAAAGCUGACGACAAGAAAGGUAUUGUAAUAAAAUAUAAGUACGGCACGUGCCUAAUAUAUCUCGCUUUAUUGUGUAUGUGUUUUUUCUUU